GGAGGAGGAGGGGGAAGAGCGUGCGGAAGAUGGCGGAGAAGCGACCCAGAGGCGUGGAGGUUGGGGACAGGAAGGUGGACUGGCGCCGCUGGAAGCAGGAGAGGAAAGCCGAGAAGAAAAAAUGGAAGGAAAUGAAGCUGCUGAAGAAACUGGAAAAGCAGCGGAUGCGGGAGCUGGCAGAAAAACAAGCUAAGAAAGAGGAGGAGCAAAAGGAAGAUAAAGGGCGUCACUACACGCUGAGCAUUGCCCUGCCAGGCUCCAUCCUGAACAAUGCUCAGUCCCUGGAGCUAAGGACCUACCUUGCUGGACAGAUUGCUCGGGCCUGUGCCAUCUUCUGUGUGGAUGAGAUCGUGGUGUUUGACGAGGAGGGAGAAAAUGUAAAGACUGUAGAAGGAGAUUUUGAAGGAAUUGGGAGGAAAGGAAAGGCGUGCGUGCAGCUUGCUCGGAUCCUCCAGUACUUGGAAUGCCCUCAGUACUUGAGGAAAUCCUUUUUUCCAAAACAUGAGGAUCUGCAAUUUGCAGGGCUCCUCAAUCCCCUGGACAGCCCCCACCACAUGCGUGUGGAUGAGGACUCGGAAUACCGGGAAGGGGUCGUGUUGGAUCGGCCAACUAAGCCAGGCAGAGGCUCUUUUGUCAACUGUGGGAUGAGGAAGGAGGUGCAGAUUGACAAACAGCUGAACCCUGGUCUGCGAGUCACUGUGCGCCUGGAGGAACCCCAGAACCCAGAAGCCAAGGUGAGGAAAGGCACCGUGGUGUCCUCCCACCACCCUCGGACAGUCUCAGGCUUGUACUGGGGUUACAGCGUCCGCCUUGCCUCCUGCCUGAGUGCUGUGUUUUCAGAGUGCCCUUUCAAGGAAGGCUACGAUCUCUCCAUUGGCACCUCAGAGAGGGGCAGCUCCGUGGACCAGGCCACUCUCCCUUCCUUCAGGCAUGCCCUUGUUGUCUUUGGAGGUCUUGAGGGUUUGGAAGCUGGGGUUGAUGUGGAUCCAAACCUGGAGGUCACCGACCCAAGUGUCUUGUUUGACUUCUACCUGAACACUUGUCCCAGCCAAGGCAGCCGAACCAUCCGGACAGAGGAAGCGCUCCUGAUCUCUCUCUCUGCACUGAGACCCCACAUCCAUGAGGCUGUGAAGACACCCCGGGAGAGCUGAGGGGAGGAAAACACUGACCUUGGCAUCAGCUGAGGAGUGCCUUGGGAAGGGGCUGACUGAAGCUGGGUUGCUGGUCAAAACACUCCAAGAGCCUGGCAGGGCCAAGGCACAGCGUGACUACAGCUGGCAGUGCAGCAAGUCUGUGCCCUCCUGCCUGCAGGGGCCAGCCAAGGGCUGGUGGCUGCCCUUCAGCAGCUGGGACAAGCCUGGGGUGGGGAAUAAAGCAGUGUGGAACCCCAGCUGCCUUGGAAUUCUGUGUGUGUCUUGGUGGAGAGAAUGGGCACUUUGUGUCAGAGAUCCUGCAUGCUCAGUGCCCCCAAAGCCAUGUGACUUCAGACUUAAACUAAGUCAAAACUUAAUCCCUAUGCCAGGAAGCUGUUCCUGUCACAGUUAGCUUAGCUUCCCCAGCUCCCUCUUCAACUCCAAAGCUUCAUCCUUCCCAACAGCAGGAAGGGCUGGAGCUUCAGCUGGGCUCCCUUUCUAAUGCCUUAAGCUCUGCUUACAGUGAGCUCAAACAGGAAAACAGAUGGAAAAGUUGGCUCUG